AUGUCCGCGCACCAGAUGCAGUGCAAGCAGCCAACCGUCCUGCCGCCCGGGCUGCUUACGAAGCAGAGCGCCGAGCCCACGCCGGGCCCCGAGGAGCCGCCGUGUCCCCCUCAGCAGCAGCAGCAGCCCCAUGGCCAGGUGCCUGCAGAGCCGGUCCCCGUGCUGCUAGUGCCGGGCCCGGAGAAAGCGGCUCCGGUCGUGGUGAUUCCCGAGGGUCCGCAACAGGAGGAGCAGCAGCAGCAGCAGUGCAAGCUGCCCCCGACGUUGCCUCCUGCAGCCUGUCCCGAGCCUGUCCCAUGUCCUCAGGAGAAAACCCCGUGCAAGGAGCCGCUGGAGCCGAUACCCGUUCCCUGCCCGGAACCUGCUCCCUGCGCCCAGGAGACACAGCAGUGCAAGGAGAUCCCGGAGUUCGUCCCUGUUCCUGAGCCUGCUCCCUGCGCCCAGGAGACGCAGCAGUGCAAGGAGAUCCCGGAGUUCAUCCCCGUUCCCGGCCCUGAGCCUGUCCCGUGUCCUCAGGAGAAGCAGCAGUGUAAGGAGAUCCCAGUGCCGAUCCCUGUCCCCGAUCCAGUGCCGUGCCCUCCGGAGAAGCAGGAAUGCAAGGAGAUCCCCGUGCAGAUCCCAGUUUCCCUCCCGGAACCACCCGCCUGCCCCCAGGAGAUCCCGGUGCCCAUCCCCGUGGCCUGCCCCGAUCCGGCCCCGUGUCCCCAGGUGAAGCAGGAGUGCAAGGAGAUCCCGGCGCCGAUGUCCGAUGUGGCGCCGUGCAGCCCGGAGCAGCCGGAGCAGGAGGAGGCGCCGCCGAGUGCGGAGCUGGAGCAGUGCUCGCUUUGCGAGCAGCAGCAAGUGAAGCUGCCCGGCCAGUGGCCCCCGGCGCAGAAGUGA